UUAGACAUAGGAGUUCUUUUUCUGGAAGACGAAUCUGGCGACUCCUCUGCUCAAGAGGAAGAUGGUUCUGAAGAUGGCGAAUCGGACGAUCAAUCGGAUGAAUUUAGUUUCAGCGAUCAGCAGCUUGAGCGCCGUAACAUUAAUCCUAACUCACGCAACGAUCUCACCCCACAAACAAUGCAAUGGGCAAUCAGAAGUCGCGACAAUGCGCGAUCUUCGGUUCGCGUCCCUACUGGUUCCAAUUUAGUUUUUAUUGAUCCUAUGGCGUUGCGCCGAUCUACUGUGCCAGCCAGCACUGCGGUCAAUACGCCAUCUGCCGAGUCUCAUACAAUGGCGACUACCGCAAGCAAUUUAGGUCGAGCUUUUGGUAUAACAAUUCGACAAAUAUCUGAACUUUUAGCAAUUAUGUCAUACAAUGUGACAAAUGAUAUUGAAACCUCUUUAAAAAUUCACAUUGAGGAAGCUAUUGCAGUGCAAGCAUUUGUUGAAAAAAGAUUGAAACCAACUUGGGACUGGAUGUUUACCGUGAUGGACGGAACAGAGGCGCAGUUAAAAUUCGGUGCAUAUUUGACAAACUAUACAGAUCCAAAUCAUCCGUUGCAUCCCCUCAACCUUAGUGCACAAGCAGCAACAAGUCAAGCAUCUACUUCGACUUCUACAACUGUGGGCGUGAAUGUGAUUGGUUCAAGUUCUCGACGAGAUUUCUUUACAUAUUGUCUUUCAUUAAUGCGCGCUCACACAUCGGAGCAUAGAGAUGCACUGCCGGUAUUAGACAUAACAGCGUUACGCCAUAUUUCGUACGUGCUUGAUGCAUUCGUAUACUAUAUGCGUAAUGAUACUAGCUUUUACGAUAAAAACGAUUCUAUUUCUGGACGAGUAAAUAAUUUAUCGAACUUUGUCGAAACCGAUGAUACUGACGAUGAAUUAUGUAACAUUGGAGAUUCUAAUACCGAGAGACAGUGUCCUGCCAACUCGUCGUCCAACAUAAAUAUUCGCAAAUCCGCAUUCUUCACCAGAUCCGACUCAACUCUUAGUUUGGGCUGCUCUGCACCAGAAGGGUUCGAUCUACCACUUGAUAUGGCUAUGCCACUAGCUGACAAACCACACUUACUGCAACCAAAUUCAAAGCGACAGGAGCUUUUUGCUAAUCUUCCAUUGAAUGCAGUUACAACUGUAAAAAACAGCACAGUCAAAAGUAACAUUUGCCAUCAGGGAACUAUUGACCAACCUCCUACAAGGUUAGGAUUCUCGAAUUUUUUGAAAACCGAUGCUCCUGCAAAUGCGAUUGAUGUAACUCAGCAUACUACAGAUCACGAAAAUAAUGUAGAGACGGUCGAAAUGAAUGACGUCAGCCGAGCAUAUAAAGUCGACGACACUGUAGAUUCAAAUAUUUACGUUCAAUUAAAGAAAAAACAGGGCUUGGAUGACUUAAAACUACAGAAAGGAACCGAAGAUCACAUGGAUACGGAGGAUGUACAAAUGAUUGAUGUUAUGGCUGGAGCGAAUACAGCGACGGAUCUUUUAAUAACAACUCGACCAGAAGUUAUUAUUGCACCAAGCCAAAAUCGCGAUGGUAUUACAGAUGACGUUGCGCCAAUACAGAGCUCCUUAUCAGUAUCAGCAGUUCGUAGCGUUAUUGUACGAGCUGGAACAUCUACUCUUAAACUAGAAUCGGAUGACAGUAGUUUGCCCGAAUGUAAAAAUUCAUCGGCUACUUCAAUACAACUAAAAUGUGAUAAUUGUCGCGAAAAGCUACCAUCCCAUGCAGCAGUGUUUCCAAUUCGUGGCUCUUUGUUUUACAAGAGCAGUUCUUCGGAGCUGCCAUCGUGGAACUUUCUGUUAAGUCGUUGGAAACUGGCUCUUGUUCUAUUCGGACGUGUUUUUAUGGAUGAUGUAGGUAUGGAACACGGAUCUGUAUUGCCAGAAUUGAGAGGCUUUCCUGUUAAGGAAAUGCGCUUUAGACGACAUAUGGAAAAACUCCGUAAUGGACAACAGCGCGACUUGGUUCUUUGUAAACUUGAGCGAAAUAGGGAAAGUUUAAUUAUCCAAACGUUUAAAGAAUUAAAUGCUCAGUUCGGAACCCAAAAUCGACGAGCUCAGCCACCCAUUACAUUUAACAGAGUUAAGGUGACAUUUAAAGACGAACCAGGUGAAGGAUCAGGAGUGGCGCGCAGCUUUUAUACUUCUAUUUCGGAAGCGCUGUUAGCGAGUGCAAAAAUGACAAAUCUCGAUUCUGUACAAGUGGGAGGUACUCAUAGUAAGUACGGGGUACCAUUCUCGAGCAUACUGCGCAGCAGAACCGUUGCCGCCUCAAGUCGUGAUCCGCCCACACUGCAGAGGCGAGGAACUGGUAGUAAAAUAUUAUGGCGCACAGCUCGGGAACGUAAGGCAUUAAAUGCCGAAGCCGAACCGUACAACCCAUCUAGCAAUGGAGAUAACACAGCGGCGGAGAGCUCGAACGACCAUUUAUCUGUCCACCUCCAACAACUUGGCGAGCGCCUCUAUCCCAAGAUCCACUCGAUAAACGCAUCGCACGCAUCGAAAAUAACAGGCAUGCUUCUUGAAAUACCAACACCUCAACUUCUAUCUGUCCUGUCUUCAGAUGAGACUCUUAGGCAAAAAGUUAACGAAGCUGUUGACAUAAUAAAUUUUAAGCAAAAGUCGGAAAUAAACGUGCAAAGCCAACAGAAAAAACCGCCAUCUGCGGCACUUGUUGAACCGAUGGACGACGAUAAUGAGCCAUUAUUUUACGCUCCGGGGAAACGUGGCUUUUAUACCCCACGACAAGGGCUUGCGUCUUUUGAACGAAUUAAUGCAUUUAGAAAUAUUGGCAGGCUAAUUGGGCUGUGUCUAUUGCAAAAUGAAUUGCUCCCGCUGUUCCUUCAAAGACAUGUGUUAAAGUACAUGCUUGGUCGAAAAAUCAAAUUUCAUGACCUUGCCUUUUUCGAUCCAGCGUUGUAUGAAUCAUUUAGACAAAUAAUAAAAAAUGCCCAAACUAAAGAAGGAGAUGAAACCAUCAACCGAAUGGAGCUUAGUUUUGUAAUUGAUUUGAUGAAAGAAGAAGGUUGUGGCAACCGUGAAUUAAUCCCUGGCGGACGCGAUGUGCCAGUAACGUCAAGUAACAUAUUCGAAUAUAUAAGGCGUUACACUGAAUAUAGGCUCAUUAAAUCACAAGAGAAGGCACUCGAGGUUAAGUUUACAAAUUUUAUAAGUCUGGAAAUCUUUAAAAUAUUUAUCCACAAUUGCAUGAACAGCUUGACCGCAGAAGAUUUACGUUUACUCUUGAAUGGUGUGGGUGAUAUCAACGUUUCAACACUGAUUUCCUAUACAACUUUUAAUGACGAAUCAAGUGAAGGUCCUGACAAACUUUUAAAAUUUAAAAGAUGGUUUUGGAGUAUUGUAGAAAAAAUGAAUACGUUAGAAAGACAAGAUUUGGUAUAUUUUUGGACAGGAUCUCCAGCUUUGCCAGCUUCGGAAGAAGGAUUUCAGCCUCUACCAUCUGUUACCAUACGACCUGCAGAUGACUCACAUCUUCCUACUGCAAACACUUGUAUAUCUCGAUUGUAUAUCCCUCUUUAUUCCAGCAAAUCAAUUUUACGUAGUAAAAUGCUGAUGGCCAUUAAAUCCAAAAACUUUGGGUUCGUGUGAGCAAAUGUUUACCAAUCUUUGGUUUAUGUUGAUAUUGACGUAUAUUUGCUUAUUACGAACUUCUUGGUAUUUGAGAAAUUUCUAGAUAUUCCACAAUUGUAACGAACCACAUAUGUAUGUAUAACCAUUCCUUUAAUUUGGAGCUGACUUUAUAAAUGUUGCAAUAGUUCUGUUUUAAGAUAACGUCUUUGAAGAGGAAAUCAUGAGGUCAUUCCUUCCUUGAUAUAGUUCGACUGGAUACAAAACAUUAAGGAAUUGAUAAAAUGAACAAAGAUUAAGAAGUGGGAGUUAGGUCAAGUUUGCUUUUAUUUUUACAUUUAUUUGAAUGUAGGAAAUGUAAUAAACUACAGUAUAUAAAUAUGUAUAUUAACCAGGGAAUACAAAUAUAAUGGUAACCACCUAUAUAAACUCGAA